AUGCCACAUAAUUGUUCACAGAAUCUUGCAGUUUUAUUUAUUAUUGUAUUGUUAUUGUUUUAAAUUCAAAAUAAGUGUUUAAACCAUAAAUGUGUUUAUAAAUUAAGAAAUAAACAAUUUUUAAUAAAAAUGAACAAUAACGACUUUCAUAAAAUAUGUAGGCUGUGCCUCCAAGAAAAUCCCACUCUCAUUAAUAUAUUUUUUUCUGAGGCAGCUGAGAUAAUUGCUGCUGUAACCAAUAUUAAGCCUAAAGAAGGUGAUUUUCUGCCAGAAAACAUCUGCAUCCCAUGCAUGGACCGCACGUCAGAAUUUUACACUUUCAAGCAGGAGUGUGAGAAAAACCACACAUUUCUAAAGACAUUAAUAAAUGUUGACAAUAAAACAUCGCCAAAAGUGAUCGAAGAAGAUAAUGCUGCUGUUGAGGAGUUAUUAGCGACCUUAGAUAAUAGUUACUCUGUUCAAAAACCCAAUCAAAUCACUAUUAAAAACCGAACUGGCCAAAGAAUUGAAAUAAGACGGAAUUUAAGUGAGCUGAUUCCCUUGGAAAAGUAUGAAGAAGGUGCUUUUCAAUUAAAAGAUGAAUUACCUAAAGAAUCUUGUGAUAAGGUGCAUAUCGAGAAUAUUCAGAGAUCUGAAGUAGUCGAAUAUAAAGAAAUAGGGAUAAACAUUCCACCAAAUGAGAUGGUUGAUGAACAGCAAGAAACCGCACUAAAAGAUCCUCCACACAUGUGCGAAUAUUGCAGCAAAAAUUUCAUCAACAUUGAACUUCACAUUGAAAAGUGUCAUCCCGAGGGCGGAUUACACUAUUGUCACAUUUGCAUGCAAAUCAGCAAAAAAGCCAAAUAUACUUCUUAUGACACAGUCAAGAAACUGCAGGCGCACUUAAAAUACCACAGCAAUUUCCCUAAACAUCAAUGCCCCGAAUGCAACAAAAGUUUCAGAACUAACCAUCAAAAACUACUGCACAUGACGAGCCACUCUACCAAACGGCCGGCAGCUUGUCACUUGUGCCAAAAGACUUUCAAACAUCACACGUAUCUAGCAGUUCACUUAAAAUCGCAUUCGGGUGAAAAACCUUAUCGGUGCGACGUGUGCGCCAAAGGCUUCCUUCACAAGUUCACUCUGAAAGUCCACAUGAAAAGCCACGCGAAAGAGAGAGAACACAUGUGCCCUCUAUGCGCGAAGACCUUCAAACACGGCUUUAAUUUAACGAUACAUUUGAGGCAACACACGGGGGAGAAGCCUUACACCUGUCAACUGUGUUUCAACUCUUUUAGGUCCUCCUCAAUUUUAAAGUCUCACAUGCUGAUCCAUUCUGAUAGCAAGAGAUUUCAGUGCGAAAUGUGUGAAAAGAAGUUUAAAAGAACGGGAGAUCUUCACGUUCACAUGAGAAGUCACACCGGGUUGAAACCGUACGCGUGCGCCGUUUGCGGUAACAGGUACAAAAUGUCUUCGCAUUUGACGGAACAUAUGAAAACGCAUUCGGGUGAAAAAAACUACAUAUGCGAAAUCUGCUCGAAGCAGUUCUACAAUAACAGGUCGCUGCAAAUCCACAAAAAGGCACACUCGGGAAAUAAAGACUUCGCCUGCGACAUUUGCGGGAAACUGUUCGUCCAUUACACAUCAUUAUGCGCUCAUAUUAAAAGGCACAAAGUAUCAACAGUGGACGAGGCAGUAAAACCGGUACAUGAGGAGGUUUUUUUUGUGAUUAACUUGAAAACUAUCCGUUAAACUGUAUUGAAUAAAAAAAUAAUUAAGGGGCUUAAUGUCUAGACUAGGAGACGAGCUCAGUAAUUCAUGGAGAAGUUCCUUACCUAGGAAAUAUCGUCGGGUUACAAGUAAAAUACAUUAAGUCAAAAAAUGUACUUUCGAAUAAUUUCGUUGCAAAGUUUUUAGUUUUACAUCUUUUUAAAUAUUUACAUGUUAAAUAAAAUUUGGGUUUUUAAAAAUUUUAAUUUUUUUUUUGCAUGUGUAUGGAGUAAUAAGACUUAAUAAACAGAUUAAUUAAA